UCUCAAUAUAUAUAGCACCUAAAUUUCAUUGAACCAAAUAAACUCAAUUAUUCCAAUCUUCAAAAUAUUCUAGCUACAAAUUAACAUUGUAUGAAAAAUGAUGUCAAGGACAACACCUCUAGGGUUUGAAAUUGAAAAUCAAGGCCUACAAAUGUUUCCUAUGGUCACGGAAGAUUUUAUGCCAUUGCCAAAUUCCAUGGAAGGAAUUUCAAGUUCAACUUCACCCUCCAAUUCCCUCCUCUUCAAUCUCUCUACUCUCAAAGACAAGCUUAAUCAAGUGCAAACUCUUGUUGGUGUCAUUCUCUCCCCAAAUCAACAAGACUCAUCAACUUCCAUGGCAUUAUCCACAAUGAACUCCACAAUACAAGAAAUCAUUGUAACUUCCACAUCAAUGAUGUUCACUUGCCAACAGAUUGCUCUUAGUUUCCCUCAAGGUACUACUUCUAUUAAAUGUACAAACCAAGAAUUUCAAAAGCAACAAUCUAAUAUUCAAUCAAAUUUUGGCAACAAUGACACAAGCAUUGAUCUUAGAGGUCAAAGCAUAUUUUCUAAUAAUGAGUCAGAACCAUUGGAUUGGUUUGGUGAAAGCUAUAAUAGUAACAUUAAUUAUAGGCUCAAGGAUGAUAUUGAUGAUCAAAGGGUUGAUCAUGAAAUUAGUGAAACCAAUAAUAGUAUAAGAGGGUCUAAUGAAGAUAGUUCAACGAAGAAUAAUUCUGAUCGUGACGAUACAUGCUUAAAAUUUGGGUCAUCUUAUAAUUGGGUCGGUCCAGAAUGUGACAAUGAGAUAGUUGAAUUGGACGCGGCUGAUUUAUUAGCUAAGUACACACAUUAUUGUCAAGUUUGUGGCAAAGGGUUCAAGAGGGAUGCAAAUUUGAGGAUGCAUAUGAGAGCUCAUGGGGAUGAGUACAAGAGUAGUGCAGCAUUGAGCAAUCCAAUUAAUAAGAAUAGAGAUUAUUUGAUGAGUAUGAAAAAUAGGAAAUAUUCAUGUCCUCAAGCAGGGUGUAGAUGGAACCAAAAACAUGCCAAGUUUCAACCAUUGAAGUCAUUGAUUUGUGCUAAGAAUCAUUACAAGAGAAGUCAUUGUCCCAAAAUGUAUGUGUGCAAGAGGUGUAAUUUGAAGCAAUUUUCUGUUCUUUCUGAUUUGAGGACACAUGAGAAACAUUGUGGUGAUCUUAGGUGGCAGUGUUCAUGUGGCACUACCUUUUCUAGGAAAGAUAAGCUUAUGGGACAUGUUGGUUUGUUUGUGGGACACCACCCGGUUAUCAAUGGUUUGUCAUAUAGUAGUACUCACACAAGUUAGAGCUCUAAACAUGAAUUAAUUGCAUAUGUAGGUUGAUCUAUAUAUAUAUGUUAGUUCAAAAUUAAAUUUUUGUAUGCAUUUAUAUAUUUAUAAUUUAUGAAUUGAUCAUGAAGAGUGUGAUAGAUUUAGCAAGUGUACUAAUUUAUCGAAGUAAUAAAUAUAAAUUCGUAUCUA